AUGCCUCUCCUCGGCGGCAAGGGCAACAAGUUCAAGGUCGACCCCCCCAAGAUCCGCAUAGACAAAGUCGUCGUCGAGCGUCCUCCUCCGCCAAAGUCGUCGUCGAGGCCUCCGAACCGAAGCCGCCCGUCCGCCGUCGCCGCCCGCUCCUCGCCCGCCGCCCUCCUCCCGUCGGCCAGACCCUCCGGUGCACGGCACAAGAGCGGCAGCAGCUCGCCCAACCCGUCCUCGUCCUCGGAGUCGAGGCCGGCCGAGCGCAAGCGCAAGGCCCCGAGGGACGUCUCGUCCGGUCCCGGCCACUCGUCGGCCGGUGACCGAGUCACCUUCGACAAGGACAGCGACAACGAGGACGAUGGCUGGAUGGACCUCGACACGCGGAAGCGCCAGCGCAGAGGCACCCGAGACGGCCGGUCCGUCGAUGCCAACCGCAAGCUGCGCCACGCGAGGGCCUUUGAUGGCCGCAACGACAGCCUCGCCUUCAUACACGCCGUCCAGGUCGCCUCGCUCGAGAGCCAGUGCGUGCCCAUCAUGGGUGCCUCCCCGGAGGAGGUGGCCAUCGAGCUGCAGUACCCCAGCCUGCAGCCGAGGGAAAGGUACGAGCUCGUCUGGGGCAAGGACAAGAUCGACGCCGUCGAGGCGAGCGUGCGCAUCGUUCGUCACGUCGCCGAGACGUACCUGACGGACGAGGAAGCCGAGCCCUUUACCAACCAAAACACGGGACUCAUACGACGGCUCGAGAAGGCGUCGAACCGCAACGUCCAGGAUCUCGCCGGCUUCAAGGCGGCGCUGCACGAGUACAACGAGACGCUCCUGGCGCUCGUCGAGGACGGCGUCGUCGCCAAGAACCUCGACAGCCUGACGGAGCUGCCGCGCCACCUCGUCGCCUUCAUCCUCGACCAGAUCUACGACCGCACCGUCGCGCCCCGCGUCGAGCUGCUGUCCAAGUACGAGAACGGCACGGAUUACGUCUACGGCGAGCUCCUCCACCCCUUCGUCUCCGAGAUCCUCAUCGAGAAGACCAACAUGUCGUGCGACCAAGUCUUUGUCGACCUCGGCUCGGGCGUCGGCAACGUCUGCCUGCAGGCCGCCCUCGAGAUCGGAUGCGAAAGCUGGGGCUGCGAGAUGAUGGAGAACGCGUGCAGCAUGGCCCGGGACCAGCUGGACGAGUUCGCCGCGCGGUGCAUGCUCUGGGGCGUCAAGCCCGGCAAGGUCCGGCUCGAGACGGGCGACUUCCGAAAGAACAGCAACAUCCACCACGCCCUCAAGCGUGCCGACGUCGUCCUCGUCAACAACAAGGCCUUCACCUCGCAGCUCAACGACGGCCUCGUCCGCAUGUUUCUCGACCUCAAGCCCGGCUGCAAGGUCGUCUCGCUGCGGUCCUUUGUCGCCGAGUCCAAGAGCAGCCACAACAUCAACGACGUGGGGAGCACCAUCCUCCACGUCGAGGAGUGCGCCUACCCCGAAGGAUACGUCAGCUGGACCAACGCUGGAGGGCCCUAUUUCAUAUCCACGCGCAAGUAG